GAUUUUAAAACUAAUUUGAUCCAUCCAUUAAUUCAUGUAUAAUUCAUCUUUCUUUCACAACUGAAAUUGUCAAUAUUUUUUGUUCUUCCGAAGCUGGAGAGGCUUGCUCAAGGUUAAAAUCAUAAUAUAUGGCAUCACUGAAUUAUGAAUCAGAAUCUGAUAGUGGAACAUCCAGCACGAUAUCCCUCUCUCUUACUAAAAAAUUAUUUGAUGAGCGACUCACAAGAGAUGAUGUUUAUGAGGAAACAAACUCCAAUGUGGUUCAGACUUGUGCAGUUCAUGUUCCUAUGAUGAUUUCUACAUUGUUAGUGGAAAACAAGCUCCCACAUGGCGGUUCGAAAUUUGGUAGGGUAUAUAUCCGACGUGAUAGAAAAGAGCGGCAUGAUAUGAUUUUUAGUGAUUAUUUCAAAGGUGAGCAGUCAAAGUAUACACCAGAAACAUUUCGGCGAAGGUUUCGAAUGAGUAUUGAUCUAUUUAAACGAAUUUGGCAGGCCAUUGAGAGUUAUGGCGAUUACUUCAUCCAAAAGACUGACGCAGUUGGAAAUAUUGGGUUGAGUUCUUUACAAAAAGUGGUAGCAGCAAUACGCAUGCUUGCAUAUGGUUGUUCAGCCGAUUCUCUUGAUGAAUAUGUUCAAAUUGGAGAGAGCACUGCUAUUGAAUGUUUAAAGAAAUUUUGUGAUGCUAUAAUAGGAUUAUUUGAAGAACAAUAUUUGAGGAAACCAAAUAAAUCCGAUAUUACCAUUUUACUAAAGGAUGGUGAAUCACGAGGAUUUCCAGGUAUGCUUGGCAGUUUAGAUUGUAUGCAUUGGCAUUGGGAGAAUUGUCCGACUGCUUGGCAUGGAACACACACUAAUGGUUUAAAAAAAAUUCCAACUCUUAUUCUAGAGAUUGUAGCUGGGCAUAAUUUAUGGAUUUGGCAUGCAUUCUUUGGCAUGGCUGGUACUAACAAUGAUGUUAAUGUCCUAGACCGAUCUCCCUUAUUUGAUGAUAUUGUUAAUGAUGUUGCUCCUUCAUGUGAGUUCAUAGUAAACGGUCAUCACUAUAAUAUGGGCUACUACUUAUCUGAUGGGAUCUAUCCGUCAUAUGCCACUUUGAUUCAAACAAUUUCACAACCAUGUUCUAUGAAGGAAAAAUUAUUUGCAAAACGCCAAGAAUCGGUACGUAAAGAUGUGGAGCGAGCAUUUGGAGUGUUACAAAGUCAGUGGCAUAUAGUUAAAGGACCGGCACGCAUGUGGAGUGCAACCGAUUUGGGAAAAAUAAUGAAGACCUGCAUCAUUUUGCACAAUAUGAUUAUUGAAAAUGAGUCUGAUCAAGGUAUCAACCCCGAAAAUUGGCAACCAGACAAAGAUGAAGUUUCU